CUUUUUUAUAUUAUUUUUUUGAUAUAGGAAAGAAUCUAAUUUGAUUACAAUUCCAUUUUUUGGUGAAUAUUUUUAAGAGUAAAUAGAAAAUAAUAAUUACAGGGAUUUCGUUUUUAAUUGUACAUGUUAAUGAUGAAGAACUAAAUAAGGUAUUGUCAAGUAAAUGGUAGUGAAUAUUCCGACUUGUGCUCAAAUUUGAGUUCUCUUUCUCUGUCUCAUCCAUUUAAACUUUUUUUUCUUCUGUCUCCCCCAUUUGUAAUCAAUAGUAACGAAACGUGUCUCGUCAAUUUUUGUCAAUGGACUAAAGAGAAACUUUUUUUUCAGUUCUUGUGAAAAUAUUGGAUUAUUAUGGAUCGUGGCAUAAAAAUCUGAUUACUGUUUCAUAAGCUUCCAGUAUUCUUUUUUGUUAAUGGCGGAAGCAAACGAGAGAAGUAAAGAAAUGGCGAGAAGUAAUAGUUGUGUGUUUCCAAGAGAUCUGCUUCAGAGAUUUAUCUCUAACUCUGUUGAAGGUGAAGAUGAUGAUGAAGAAGAAGAUGAUGAUGAGAUCGAGUUAAAUCUUGGCUUAUCUCUUGGUGGAAGAUUUGGUGUUGAUAAGAGUAAUAAGCUUGUGAGAUCUUCUUCCGUUGUUGUAACGAUGCCUCUGUUUCGUGAAGAUCAUCAUCAUCAUCAAGCGGCGGCGAUGAUAACAACUAAGGUUUCGACGGAGACGGUGGCGGGAGCGACUCGGGGUACGGGUUUGAUGAGAACGACGUCGUUGCCGGCAGAGUCGGAGGAAGAGUGGAGGAAGAGGAAAGAGAUGCAGACUUUGAGAAGAAUGGCAGCCAAGAGACGGAGAAGCGAGAAGCUUCGUACUGGCGUCGGCGGAGGAAACAGUAAUAAUCCGGAAGAAGCUGCUACUGCCACCGCUUCGAGACGGCGAGGUAGACCAUCGUCAGGACUUCCACGGUGGUCAGCGACUGCUAACAAAAGCGGGCUUUUGCGGCAGCACAGUGCUGGUCUCGAUUCACUACAAGUUUCCGGUGAAUCUCUAGGCGGAGGAAGAGCCGCCGGAAGUUCUUCGAGCGUCUCCGAGUUGGAAACUAAAGCGUCCAGUGACGAAGCAAGAAGCUUACCAUCAACUACACAGCCACAACAAGAAACAACGACAAAGCCAACAAAUCGUUUGAGAAGAUUGAGUUCAGUGGACAUGAACAUGAAGAUGGAGCCACAAGGGAAAGGAAAAAGUGAGAUGCCAUGUGUGUUUACCAAAGGAGAUGGACCAAAUGGGAAGAGAGUUGAUGGGAUUCUUUAUAGAUACGGCAGUGGAGAAGAAGUUAGGAUCAUGUGUGUUUGCCAUGGCGAUUUCUUGUCUCCGGCGGAUUUCGUUAAACAUGCCGGUGGUCCUCAUGUAGAUCAUCCUCUUAGACACAUUGUUGUCAACACUUCUUCUCCUUCUAAUCUCUUAUAAUAGACCAAAAACCCUCUAACCAACCCUUGUUUAGAGAAGAUGUUUUUAAGAGUCUCUGGUCAUUUCUCAAUUUUUAAGUCAUAUAUGUAUUUUUUACCUGCUUUAUACAGAGAGAAUUAAGGAGAAAGAAACAUCAUUUAUAUCAGUUUU